AUGCCUCGACAGAAUAUUGUCUUUAAGAUGACGAUUGUCACAGUGGAAUACGGUACGCACCCUUCCGUCCCUCAACUGUCGAAGACAGUCCAUUCUGUUGACAAGAAGUUAGAAGAUGGCGCGUUAAGAGCAGGACCACCUCCAAAAUUGCUGUCCCCUGAGGUCCUGGCCUUGUUGAUGCAAUACGCUGGUAUCGGAUUCAUCAAUGGAGUACUACCAGCAGUCAUCUACCCCGUGCUGCAAGGAUACCUCAAUGCUGAAGGAACUAUUAUCGUGUCUGCAACCGUGUUGCUGCAGCUACCGUGGUCCUACAAAGUGUUUCUAGGAGUCCUGAGUGAUUGCUUUCCAAUUGUAGGCUUUCGUCGACGACCCUACAUGUUGAUUGGGUGGCUGCUCUGCUGUUGCAUGCUUUUCAUGAUGGCGACUCUUCCCGACACAGCUCCGUACUAUGGCGACCCAAGCAUGCACUUCACGAGCCCCGACGAAUGGACGGAGACGCAACGCAAGAGCAUUAAUCCCAAUGCACCUGACGCUGCGGGCAAAUACGUGAUCCCAAUGAUGAUGGUCGCCUUCGGAUAUUUGCUAGUAGAGGUUCCGGCUGACGCUGUCACUAUCGAGUACUCACAGCGGGAGCCAGUCAACGCGCGUGGUCAUCUGCAAUCGUGGAUCCACAGUCUUCGCAUGGGGUUCAGCGCUUUAGGAGCCCUCGUCGUUGCAGUUGCGUUUAACGGUGUCGAGUACGGUGGCUCUUUUGACUUCUCGCUCACUUUCCCGCGGUUAAUGUUUUUCAUGGGCUGUGUCUGCCUUCCUCUGGGACCUGCUGCUUGGUUUCUUGUUUACGAGAGUCAAGUUGACCCACCCAAGUUUCGCGUGUACAUGGCUCAAUUUUGGAAAGUCUUACAAAAGCGAGCUGUGUACCAAGUCGCUGCCUACAAAUUCUUCUCAGGUGUGUGCAACAACUUCAAUAUUGUUUCUUCAAGUAACAUGAAGUUGUACUGGGUCCACGCCACACCAUUCAAUGCGAGUAUGAUGGCUAUCGUAGGGACCUUUACCUACGCUGGCACACUGGCUGUUAUGGCACAGCGCGGACUACGCUGGAAUUGGCACAUUGCUAUCGCCACAACUGUCAUCUUUGGUGUUGCCACUGAUUGUUUAAUGACAAUGAUGGUCACAUGGGACAUCAUUCGCAGCCAAUGGUUCUGGCUUGGAGUUCCAAUCAUCGGUGAAGUUCCGCAUGCUGUGCGUUUUAUUGUGAGCAACUACAUCGUAGUGGAGCUUGUUCAAGAGGGCACUGAAGGUGCACUUUAUGGGUUGUUAACAACGACUAACCACGUCGCCGCCCCUUUCGGCCGCACUACUGCCAAGAUCAUCAAUGCACGUUUCCAUGUUUGGAAGAACGACAUCAUUGCCGACACGUACGAGACGCGUCGAGAUGUGACUUUUACAAUUUGGCUUUGCUAUGGCAUGAAGUUCGUCUCGCUGAUUUUUUUACCGUUGCUUCCAAACCAAAGAGAUACAACGCAAGCUCUUUGUCGUCAAGGGGAAGUGAGCAAAUGUAAGGGUAUGUGGAUGGUAGUAAUCCUAUUAGUUGCGUUGGUGUGGUUUACUGUCGUAAACGUGUUGAGCAUGAACCCAGCGACAAAAUGUUGGACGAUCACAGGAGGCUCGUCGCUAUUACAAGGCUCCAACAUUCCCAGUAGUAAGCUAAGCUCAUUUCAAGACGACGAUGACAAAGGUCUAGUUCGACUGGCAAAGCUGAUGGCUCAACAAGGUCUCUGUUCUCGUCGUGAAGCUGAUGCGUACAUCCAAGCAGGAGAUGUGCUGGUGAAUGGCAAACAAGUGCAGGCUAAAUGGAUUACAGUGCCUAGAGACAGUGAUGUUCGUCUAGACUUUCGAGCUCAAAGGCAUCAGAAUGAAAAGGUGACGCUAAUACUGAACAAACCAUUGGGCUUUGUGUCGUCCCAGCCUGAGUCGAACAAGACACCAGCUGUUCGACUGCUUACCUUUGAAAAUGAGUGCCAAGUCCUUAGCCGUGUCAAGCCUCGACAGAAUGCGGAACCUCUGAGUUUGCAGAAAAUGGCGGUAUGUGGUCGUCUGGACGUCAACUCGUCGGGGUUGCUGCUCUUUACGCAAGAUGGAAAAGUGGCCAAGAAGCUGUUGGACCCCAAGGGUGGGAUCGAGAAGGAAUAUCUCGUGCGUGUAGACCUCAAUCUGGAUCCAGUAACAGGUGAGAUUCGUAAGAAGGUGGAGAUGCUGCGGGCUGGUGUGACAUCUGAGGAAGGUAUCACAUACCGAGCCAAGUCGGUGGAAGUGCUGAACGCGAAUCAGUUGCGAGUGAUUCUUACGGAAGGAAAAAAUAGACACCUUCGUCGCAUGUGCGAACAUGUCGGACUGGGUGUGGUGGCUCUUAAGCGUGUUCGGAUUGGAAGUGUGAAGCUAGGGUCAUUGCCUGUUGGGCAAUGGAGAUACUGGCAACCAACUGACAGAAUUUAG